ACCGGUGUCCGGUGUCGGACUGACAGCAGCUGUUGAGACCAUGCACGGUAGGACCGAGGCAGCAGAGAAAACACACCCAGAAUAAAAGAGUGGACCCGGUACUGAGCCGGCAGUGAUCCGGUACUACUGAAGGGUACAGAUCCGGUGCUGACCCGGGACUGACCGGGCCGGUCUGCAGGAAGAUCCGCCGAUCUGCAGCUGGAGCUAACGGAGCUAACGGAGCUAAGUGACGGCAGACCGUCAGCUGUUUUCUGACUAACGGACAGGCCACGUUCAGCACGCGUCACAGCACUGAGCCGUUCUGACCCGGGUUAGUUCGUCCGGUCGGACUGUCUCCGGGUCUCAGCGCCGGUUGGUGGGGACGUCCAGCCGCUUCACGGAGGCUAACUAGCUGUCAGAGAACCGUCAGCCCGGCCGGGACACAGCGCUCCGACCCGGUUCGGUUUGAGGACCGGGACCCAGGAUGCUGAUAGCAGCAGUCGGUGCAGGAACUGGAAAUGCUGCCACCACCGGCAAGAAACACCGGCGGAGAGGCAAAAAACACCGGAGAGUCCGAACAGACGAGAAUCGGCCUGAUGACUUCUGUAACCUUCAGAGUCCAGAUACCAACAGCAGCCUCGACACGACACCCCAGCAGAGUCACUCUCAACCUGCCCAGCCCCGCCCCCAAAGUGCUCCAGAUACAACCACAUCACCACAGAACACGCCAACAUGUACUGAAGAUCUCCAUGCGCCCCCACAGACCCCCCCACCCACUGACACCACCCCGCUGCCCCCCGAGAGUGAUCCCCGACCUGUCUCACCACCUCCCCAGUCCCCAGUUGCUCCCCAGACCCCCCCUCCCCCUCUGGAUCCAACAGACACACCUGUAGCACACCUGGAACCUCCUGCGAGUCUAAACACCUCCCUGACAUCCCCAGUGACGCCUGAGAUAUUCAGCCAAUCCCCUCCUGCCACGUCUCAAAGUCCUGAGCACAGUCCUAGCCACUCACUGCCCCCUGUCAACCAAAAUAUUACCCAGAAUUCCUCCAGAUCACCUCACAGAACUCAGAGUCCGCCUGAUGGCCGAACAGAUGCUUUCAAAUUGCCUCCAGCUUCACCACACGUUAUUACCCACAAUGCCUCAGAAUCAUCAUCAGUUUCUGCCCAGCAGCCUACCAAAGCUCCUCCCACACCUCCAUUAAGCCCCUCCCACCCUGACCCCUUCCUGCUGAACUCAGUGACCUUCACCUCCAGCGUCUCCUCCCACCUCUACUCCCCCGGCUCCUCGUCCACUUCCUUCCUCCGUUCCUUUGACACCCUCGGCCCCCACACCGGUCUGCCUCCCAUGAUGUCAUCAGCCGCCCCACACAUGACCACACCCCCUUUGACUCUAAGUCCACCCCCUCCUGAGUUAACUCCACCUCCUGUCCAGCUGCUGGGCUCUGACGAUGAGGAGCAGGAAGACCCGUCAGAUUACUGCAAAGGUGGUUACUACCCCGUGAAGAUCGGUGAUCUGUUUAACGGGAGGUACCAUGUGGUCAGGAAACUGGGCUGGGGACAUUUUUCUACAGUGUGGCUCUGCUGGGACCUGCAGAAGAAGCGCUUUGUGGCGUUGAAGGUGGUGAAGAGCGCUCCACAUUACACUGAGACGGCUCUGGACGAGAUCAAACUGCUGAGAUGUGUGAGAGACAGUGACCCCUCUGACCCCUACAGAGAAACCAUCGUCCAGCUGAUUGAUGACUUCAAGAUAUCAGGAGUCAACGGAGUGCAUGUCUGUAUGGUUCUGGAAGUUUUGGGUCAUCAGCUGUUAAAAUGGAUCAUUAAGUCGAACUACAUGGGACUUCCUCUGGUGUGUGUCAAGACCAUCAUCAGACAGGUGCUGCAGGGGCUGGACUACCUCCACACCAAGUGUAAGAUCAUCCACACCGACAUCAAACCAGAGAACAUCUUGUUGGACGUAGAUGAGGUUUACAUCAGGAGACUGGCAGCUGAGGCAACCUUCUGGCAGAGAGCUGGAGCCCCGCCCCCUUCUGGGUCAUCAGUUAGCAUGGCUCCCAGGGAUCUACAGGUCGGUAAGCUGUCUAAGAACAAGAAGAAGAAGUUGAAGAGGAAAGCCAAGCGUCAGCAGAGACUGUUGGAGGAGAGACUGGUGGAUAUACAGAGGAUGGAGGAGGAGGACGGUGUGAUCCAACCUGACGACACUGACAGCAACUGCUCUCUGGUUGUCAACGGCAACACUUCCUGCUCCACAGCCAACAGCAAAGCGAGCCCAGAGUCCACCUCCUCCUGGUUGGAGGAUAGGUGUAAUGGCCACGCCCCCGGACGGUUCUCCAGCCCUGCCUCAGGCCUAUCAGGCUUCUCAGGCUCUGUGAUGUCAGCGACAUCCGAGUCAGCACUUUCUACUCAGUCAGGAUACUCGAGUGGAAGAGACGUGUUCAGUGCGUCAGACUUUAUCCUCAGUCCUCUGGAUCCUCAGAACGCCCACAAACUCAGAGUGAAGAUCGCUGACCUGGGAAAUGCGUGCUGGGUGCACAAACACUUCACAGAGGACAUUCAGACCCGACAGUACCGAGCUCUGGAGGUUCUGAUUGGAGCAGAGUACGGGCCGCCUGCUGACAUCUGGAGCACCGCCUGCAUGGCGUUCGAGUUGGCGACAGGAGAUUAUCUGUUUGAACCUCAUUCAGGAGAAGACUACACCAGAGACGAAGAUCACAUCGCUCACGUCAUCGAGCUGCUCGGACCGAUUCCUCUGCCCUUUGCUUUGUCUGGAAGGUACUCGAGAGAGUACUUCAACAGGAGAGGUGAGCUGCGUCACAUCUCCAGCCUGAAGCCGUGGGGUCUGUUCGAGGUGCUGUUGGAGAAGUACGAGUGGCCGCUGGAUCAGGCGGCUCAGUUCAGUGACUUCCUGUUGACCAUGUUGGAGCUGCAGCCUGACCGCAGAGCGACGGCAGCGCAGUGUCUGCAGCACGCAUGGCUGCACACAUAAACACACACAGAUGUACACACUUAGAAACACACAUCAUGUUGAGGAGUGUUAGAUUUCUCUGUGUUGACUUCAUGUUGGAAAUUAUCAUCUCGACUGAUUCUGUCUGAAUCAGAAGGUUUUCUGAGUACGAUCAGUGCUGCGUGUCGCAGUGACAGCCCUGCUGCCGUCUGCUCUGUCUGUCUAAUGGUUAUCAAUAAUCAAAGAACUCUGUCCACACAAACACGUCUGUCCGACACUUUCACACAUACGUGUUCUCUGUAAAAUGUCAUGUUGGUCGGUCUGGAUUUAGCACCCAGCAGUCAGAGGUUCAGUCGAGCUGUAAUUUCCCUCCAAACUCUUCUCAAACUGUUUCUGUUGUAACUGCUGAUUUAUUUCUGAUAAUUAUCUUCACUGAUUUUUGUUUCUCUGUUGUUUCUUUCUUUGUGUUUGUUUCUGUGAUUUUUUGUUUGUUUUUUACAGAUUUUCUGUUUUUACAGAUUCUGUUGACUUUUGCUGAGUUUCUAUUUAACAGACUGUUUCCUCACUUCCUGCUUCACUUCCUGUCCCUUACUGAUAAUUGAUCAGAGACUUCUAAGACUCCUGAACCUCCUUGAUGAUGAUGAUGAGUUUUGGUUUAGACGAGCACACUGUGGCUUUCUGACAGCAGCCGACCCUCUCACUGACUCUGAUGACAUUAUUGAUCGUAUUGACAGUAUUGAUCUCUGUAGCUCAAAGUGAACUCUGACCUCUCACCUGUUUCUAUGUUCAUAUAAUAAAUAGUGCCUUGAAAUGACCCCUGACCCCGUCCCCCCUCCCUGUCACAAUGACAUCACCCGAUGUGAAGAGGUUUUUUUUUUGUUUUUUUUU